UCUCUCUCUCUAUCUCUCUCUCUGUGUUGGGAGACCUCCGCCGCGGGAAGACAUGGAAUCGGCAUCGGCGGCAGGCGGUGGAAAGGUGUCGUUCAAGGUGAUUCUGACCUCCGAUCCGAAGCUCCCUUACAAAGUUUUCAGCGUUCCGGAGGCGGCCCCCUUUACUGCGGUGCUAAAAUUCGCCGCGGAGGAGUUCAAGGUCCCCCCUCAGACCAGCGCCAUCAUCACCAAUGAUGGCGUGGGUAUUAAUCCGCAACAAAGUGCAGGUAAUGUAUUUCUGAAACAUGGCUCAGAGUUGCGUCUCAUACCUCGGGACAGAGUGGGAGCUCAGUAGAUGUCUAGUGCUCUACCAUUUCCAGCACUUUGGAGUUUACCUUUUUUGUUAUGAGCCAUAAUUUUUACUCUGAAUUUGUUAUUCUGCCUCACAUGAGAGGUUAGAAAACAUGGCAUGUCAUUUUACUGGAUUGCUCUCUAAUAUUUAGCAUAGUACAAACAUGUACGUGAUAUUGAUAUAGUGGAGAAUGCAACAUGGGCCCAAUAAAUUUAACUAUUUCUUUCUUAUUUGUUUAA